AUGAGUGAAGGUCGUCACCGUCUUUCUGAAUACAAUAAGAAUAACGGUACCAGUAUUUGUAUGCUGAAAGAAUUAACGAUGAGGGCCAGUGAUGAAAAUAAUUUGGGCCUUUUAAUAAGGAAGAAACUGACCUCUAUUUAUAACAGUAAUUCAGUCAAAGUACCGGAUAUGCGUGUACGAAAAGGGUUCUUAUCAAUUGGAAAAAAUCUGACGAUCAGAUCUUCUCUCGCCUUUGUGAAGUUUGGAUUAACUCUCCCGGAAUGGAAAGGAGUGCCAAUAGAGGAGUUACUUGAUGAUGAAGAAAAGGCUGAUUUGAAAGUACGUUGA